AUGGAUCUGCGCUCCGCCACCCGGCGCGACAGCGCGUGCAUGGUGAAUCAGGGCUGUUUGCCCUGCGUCCCGUUGAAUUGCCCGUCGCUUCUUCACAUGCUCCGCCAGCUGGCGUGGCAGCGCGUUCCGUCCUCCGUCAUCCCCGUCCUGCUCCGCUCCUUGGCCCUCCUGCGCGUGCUCGGCCCGACAGGCCAGGAAAACUCGACGGCCUCCGCAGAGCAUUAUAGAUUGUUCCGGGCAGCGAGCCAGUUUCUGCCCUCGCCGUCAGGGCCGCGGGGUGGGCGAGGAGGCCAUGCCCCAGCCCGGCGCCCGGCCGUGCGGCGGCACUGCGACGCGCCGUGA